GCGCGGGGGGUGACGCCACCGCUGCCGCCUUCUCCACCGCCCCCGGGGCUCAGCCCGGCCCCUUAGAGCCGUGCCCCCCCCGGCGGCACACGCGGAGCUCAGCCGGGCUCCUGUGCGCAGCGCUCCCCCUCCCCAGAGCUCCGUCGCGGGGCUCAGCCCGGCCCCUCAGAGCGGCGCUCCCCCCCGCCCUCCCCUCCCGGCGCGCGCGGGGCUCAGCCGGGCUCCCGCCCCCCAGGGCUCCGUCGCGGGGCGCGGGGUGUCAGCCCGGCUCCUGACAGCGGCGCGCGCGGGGCUCGACCCGCCUCCGCGCUCCGCCGAGCCGAGGCGCCGGGCAUUGGGCUCCCUCCGCCAUGGAGCCGCCGGCGGGGAGUCGCCGGCACUGAGCCCCGCCGCCCGACCCAUGCUGGCUCGCAUGGAGCUGAACGAGACGCCGCUCGCUCCUCCGAAGACCAUGCUGCUUCUGCUGAGGAAAGUUCGCAAGAGGCGGGAGAUGCUGCUGCAUCAGCUGGGCUUCAUCUGCGCCAUCCUCUUCUUCGCUUGGUGCAUGUCCAGCCUGCUCUCGAGACUGGGCAGAGAAUCAACUAUUUCAAACAGACGUGUUUGUCAGAAAUGUGGAGGUAGAAUAGAAGGUUGAUGGCAUCACCUAAUGCGACACAUGAAGAAAGAGAACUGUACGGAGCCAGCCAUUAAUGAAUUUCCUGAAGAUAUAUUUACAAAUAAAGAACGGCAGCAAGGAGGAGUUCUGCUUCAUAUCAUUGCUGCUCUUUAUAUGUUCUAUGCUUUGGCUAUAGUAUGUGAUGACUUCUUUGUUCCAUCCCUAGAGAAAAUUUGUGAGAAACUACAUUUGAGUGAAGAUGUUGCUGGCGCCACAUUCAUGGCAGCAGGGAGCUCCACUCCAGAACUCUUUGCAUCUGUUAUAGGUGUAUUUAUCACUCAUGGAGAUGUAGGAGUAGGAACCAUUGUUGGUUCAGCAGUUUUCAACAUCCUCUGUAUUGUUGGUGUCUGUGGAUUGUUUGCAGGACAGGUGGUUUGUCUCACCCAGUGGGCUGUCUUCCGGGAUUCUGUGUACUACACGAUAUCUGUGAUUGUACUUAUUGUUUUCAUAUAUGAUGAGAAAAUAGAAUGGUGGGAAAGCCUUGUACUCAUCAUUAUGUAUUCAUUCUACAUACUUAUCAUGAAGUACAAUGUGAGGAUGCAAAACUUCUUCACCCUUAAAAGCAAGAAUGUUGGAAAUGGCGACACAGUCAACAAUGAGCUGGAAGAUGGUAAUAAAUGUUAUGCCUCUAAUUAUGAUGACCCAUCCAUUCCAUUACUAUGGAAAGUGAAGGGGAUGCAGCAGUAUGGCAAAAACAGUGUUGUGAUGGUGGAUGAGAUCAUCUGCUCCAGUCCCCCCAAAUACCGUUUUCCUGAAGCUGGACUGCGGAUUAUGAUUACAAAUAAGUUUGGACCACGCACCAGAAUGCGGAUGGCAAGCCGACUUAUCAUUAAUGAGCGUCAGCGGUUAAUCCAGUCUGCCAAUGGCUCAGGCAAACUACUUCAGAAUGGGAGACAUGGGAACAUUGAAAAUGGGAACAUCCCUGUGGUGAACCAAGAGGAGGAAAAUGAACAGGACAACCUAUCUCCCUUUUCGGUGCCAGAUGGAAAAAUGAACAAAGUUAAAUGGAUUUUGACAUGGCCGUUGAUAUUCAUGCUCUUUUGCACCAUUCCAAACUGCAGCAAACCACGCUGGGAGAAGUGUUUUAUGGUGACAUUCGUCUUAUCCACUCUCUGGAUUGCCUUGUUCUCCUACUUCAUGGUGUGGAUGGUGACUGUGAUUGGAUACACCCUUGGGAUACCAGAUGUGAUCAUGGGUAUUACAUUCCUAGCUGCAGGAACAAGCGUCCCAGACUGCAUGGCCAGCUUAAUAGUAGCAAGACAAGGCCUUGGUGACAUGGCAGUAUCCAACACAAUAGGGAGCAAUGUCUUUGACAUUCUUGUGGGCCUUGGUGUUCCAUGGGGUUUGCAGACCAUGGCGAUUGAUUAUGGAUCAACUGUUAAGAUAAACAGCAAAGGACUGGUCUAUUCAGUUGCACUUUUGCUAGGAUCAGUGGCAUUAACUGUGUUUGGAAUCCAUGUAAAUAAGUGGAAACUUGACAGGAAAUUAGGCAUCUAUGUGUUGUUUCUUUAUGCUGUUUUCCUGUGUUUCUCUAUAUUGAUAGAGUUUAAUGUCUUCACCUUUGUCAACUUCCCUAUGUGCCGAGAAGAACUUUAAACCACAACAAGGAGAGAGACUGAAAUUCUUCUGAUUACAUGUGCUGUAAAUGACAGGAGGCAUUUCACAUUUCUACCUUUUUUCCAUCAGUAAUUUGAGUGUCGUUCCUGCUUCAUCAGCUAACAAGCACUUUUACCUGUGUGGAAGGAAAGCAUACCUUUCUUUUACCAUGCUAGCUCAAGGCAACCAAAGCAUUUUCCUCCUUUUUGGAUAUUGCUGCUCAGUCAUAAAGCUGUGUGGUUCUUAUGCAGAACUCUAAAAUGACCCAUUUCUGGGACAUAUUGUUGUGGUUUUCAUUCUCCUUUUGCAGACAAUCAACCAUCACCACCAAGGUUAGCAAGAGAAUGGGAGAAAAACUCUCUAUAGAACUUUUGAUUUUGACAUUUACUUUCUGUGGAAGAAUAAAAGGCAAGUUCAGAACUUUUCUUGACUCAGUCAAAAUAUCUCAACUACGGGACCAGACAGUCCAAGGCACAUAUAUUGGCAUGCACUGUUGAGGACAUCAUUUCCUCCUUCAAGUGCUCUGCUUAUAGAGGAGCUGCACUGACAGUUUUUGAUGGCAGUGUUGAAUAUUUAUCACCCUUUUCAAUGAACGUGAACAGUGUGGCAGAGAAAGAAGAGGAAAUGGUUGUAUGUUGUAUCACUUGUGAUGAUGCACAUUAAAAGUCGGAGUAUCUGCAUAUUGAAGAACAGAAUUACUUGCAGAAAAUACAUACUUGAAAAAUAUGUUUUACCGUUAAUGAGGAAUGCCGUGUAUGUAAAUAUAAACUAACAUUCGUGGACUAAUACAACACAAGAAAAACUUUGCGUUGGCCCUCGUGUAAGCACAUUAUGUAAAUUUAGAAGAAACUAAACAAAUAAAAUAUAACUGGGUGCUGAGUAAUUAUCAGUUACUGUUGUCAGCUGAGAGUAGUAUCUGAACGUAAUCCAGACAUUCUGAAAACAAAACCCACCCUGAUUAUGAUUUUAUUUGAUUUGAAUGGGGGGUGGGGAGAAGCUUCUUUCAUCAGUAAAAAACCUGGUGUAGUCUCUAGUUUUUAUUUAUUCCCAGAAGUUUAAUAAAUAUGUGCAUCAGACACUGAGCAGUGCAGAUAAGAAACACCUAGACAAAAGCAAGUUUGUCAAGUGAAUAUAGUCCUUGAUUUGAUGGCAAGCAAGUUUUGAAAAAUGAUGUACUUUUUAACCCCGAGUAGAAGCCAAGUUUUUAUAUCCUUUCCACCAGCAUAAAUCUGAUAUGAGGAAUUACUCUGGAUGUAACUGACAGCAAGGUCUGACCCAGAGUGUUAAAAAUAAUGAAUAACAUUCCACAUUGUAGCAGUCAUAUGAUUGCAAAUCACUGAGACAGUGUAUUUUGAAUUGCUACUAACUUUAAAAAUAUUUUACAGUUUUAUGUGAAUGAUGACAUAAAGUUUCUAAAGAAGCACAGUUAACUUUAUACAUAGAUUUUUUUUAAUAUUUUAAUGUUUAUAAACCAAAACAAAUCUAUCAACUAAGAGUUGAUGCAUUUUAAAAUAUAUUAAUAUUUUGCACUUAAGACUAUGUAUAAAAAAAACCCCAUUAUUGUGUCAAUGAGAACAUACUGUAAAACCUUAGCAAAUCAGCACCAAAUCAGAAAGUUCCUUAUUUUGACAUAUAUGGCAAAUAAUUCUAUUAACCCAGCGCACAUGCAGAAUACUGUUUACACCAGGCUAUGUGUUUACAAUUAAGGCUGUUUUAAAAAAUUAUUUUGGUACAAAUUAAGGAUUGUAUUCUGCUGUUGAAUUCUUUUAGGUAUUGGAUCCUUUAAAUGUAAUACUAAGAAAAAAAAGAGCAAUGUAUUUGUUAUUGGCUUUACACUUUGUUACAAAUGCCAGUAUUAUUAUCCAUUUAGGGUUUUUCACCUUAAUUAAGUUGUUACUAGAGAAAGGGAAACAUUGCACCCAUUUCUAAACAGGGUAGAAAGGAGUACUCUGGGAACCACUGACCUGUCAGCCUCACCUCUGUGCCUGGGAACAUCAUGGAGCAGAUGUUCCUGGAAGCUAUGCUUAAGGCACCUAGAGGACAGGGAGGUGAUUUGACACAGCCAGCAUGGCUUCACCAAGGGCAAGUCCUGCCUGACCAACCUAGUGGCCUUCCAUGAUGAAGCGACUACUUCAGUGGACAAGGGAAGAGCUAUGGAUGUCUAUCUUGACUUCUGUAAGGCCUUUUACAUGGUCCCCCACAACAUCCUUCUUUAUGAAUUGGAAAGAGAUGGGUUGGAUGGGUGGACUGUUCAGUGGGUAAGAAAUUGUUUGGAUGAUCACAUCCAGAGGGUAGUGGUUAACAGCUCAAUGUACUUGUUGCAGGAGAUCUGCAACAAGUGGUGUCCCUCAGGGGUCUGUACUGGGACCAGUGCUGUUUAACAUUUUCAUCAGUGACAUAGUGGUAUUGAUUGCAUCCUCAGCAAGGUUGCAGAUUGACACCAAGCUGAGUGGUGUGGUUGACACUUUUGAGUCUUCCAUUGCUGAUGCAGUGUACUGCUGCACCACUGUAAAAGCAUCCCUCUUUAGUCUUGCUCUCUUCCCUGCCAUCUUUCAGACAGAAAUGGACAACUCUCCACAGCUGACUCUGCAUGGCAGCCAACUCGGUGGGACACCUCUGCAUAGUUGACUCUCUGUAGGGGAAACUGUACACAGGGAGCCCCAAGAGCGUGGCAAGAGCCCCUGCUGAUGUUCAAGGGAUUUUUGGAGCUCUGUUUGAGCCAGCAGAGUAUACUGGUAGCAUCUAGACCACUCACUGCCAGGCACCUGGGGCUCCCUGCAGGAGAAUCAGCAUGUAGAGGUGUCCUGGAAAGACUUGGCUGCAGAGAGUUGUCCUAGACCCCUUUCAGGAGGACAGGUUAUGGUUGAAAACCUUGUGGUAGCAUAGAUAUGAGGCUGAAAGGAGUGGAAAGAGACUGAGUAAAUGGUUUCUUCCUGUUUUGUGCUGUUGGGUGGGCUUGGAGAACUGUCUGUCUCCAAGCAAACAUUUGCUCUUCUGUGCACAGUUCGGGCAGCUUGGAUAUCUUUACAGAACAGCGGUUCCAAAAUGCAGUUUUGAAUGCCUAGUAAUCAGCUGAGUUGACAGUGAUGAGAGCAUCGAUGUUUACAGUUCCAGACUUAGCAAAUUUUACUGUACCUUCAAAUUUCUGAGCCAAGCAGCUUUAGGAGGCGGGCCAGUUUGUUCUGUAGCAAACAUGCCCAACUAUACAUGAAACGGUGAUUGCUAAUGCCAUGAAUCCUUCAGCCAUAAUUUAGAAUUAUUUUGCCUAAAUUGAAUAUCGCUCUCCAGAAAACCAGCGUUCUGUUGUAGCAGGAGACAGUUUCAGAAUGUAAUACUGACCUCAAAUUGCAUGGCCGGUCCUACCAUUUAUAGCCCUCCCUAAAACACAGGUCUGCAUCAGGACGAUUUGCAUUGAAUUCUAAUGCUGCAUUUCAUGAGCUGGUCUCAUAUGCACCUUCUGCUAUGAGACAGAUAGCAUGCCAUGCUAUAUUAUAUUAUCCUCUGACACCACCACAUGACCAGGGAUUUAUUGUUUGCCAAAGAAUUAUUCGAUGCUGUAUCAGGGCCUUGAUGACACAUAAUCAUAUGAAGUAGGUUAAAGAGUCCCUAUGUAGUCAUCAUCCACAUGCUAAAAUAAAUAAAGAUGGCAGUUAAAGACCAAGCCAUGCAGAUAAACUGAAUGGCCAAGGAAGAUCUGAUUGACAAAUUGUUGUAUGUCAGAUAAACCCACAUCAGAAUGUAUCAGUCCUUCAGGAGGCUAUUGCUGAGUAAUAGCAGAUUAGUGCCUUUUAUGUGUAUACAAAAAUUAUUUGCUCCUAUGGUCUGAAAACCACUACAAAUUUUGCCGGUUUUCCAGUCAAGAAAGGAGGUAUUUCUCCUUGGCUCUCUGCAAUUAGUACAGUUCUAUACUGUAGCUGUUCAGAUGGUGUCUGUAAAAUUUUUCAGCUAUUUUGUUUUACUAACCAUUGCAAAAGUUAGAUAGAUGAGUUUGAAAUGUGUGUCACAAUGUUGUGUAAGUUAAUGUUCAGCUCGAGAGUGAAAAGAAAGCUGGUGGAUGUGAGAGGGAAAGCUGUUAAUGUGAUCUGAAAAUUGCCAGUGUACUAACGCUGAAGAGUAAUAUAACUCAGAAAGAGAUAUCUCAUAUCCAGCAAAGCUUAACUUCAGUAGGAUCAAUUCCAUGCUUUGAGCAUAUAUCCAAGUGCCUUGCUGGAUUAUGUCCUAACGUGACAGCUGAGCAUGGUUUCUGGGUUUUCUGUCAUAUUCAGAGCUUUUCAUAUUUUGUUCAUUUUGGAGCCUAAAGAUUUUCUUCCUUUCUCAAAUUAAAAGGUUUAGCCAGAAGCUGAGACUUUUGCUUCUGAUACAACUUUGGAUUUCCACUCUUGUAAAUAAGAGAACUGGUUCCUUUUCUCAGCCUUCAAAACUGGUGUACAAUCAAGAUCAAAACUGAAUUACAGCUGGCCAAGGAGAGCUGUUAGCAGCUUUUCAGUGCUGCAGUUCCACUGGAGUAGCACAGUCUCAUGUAGACAACAGAGUGCAGUCGUGUCUGUAGUGAGCAAGUGGGAGCAUUUCCAUUGAAUUCAGCAUUGUUUGUUUCCAUUUAUUUACUGAACAAUUGUACUGCAUUAUGAAGUAUUGCCUGAGAUUUCAGGCUCAGGAUUUACAUCUCUAAAUCUAAAAAGCUACACUUAUGGUUAUCUUAAUGACUAUUUGAUGAUCUAAGGGCUGCUCUAGCCUAGAAGAACACCUUAAGUCUUCCCAACAGAUACAGCAUAGUCAAUCAUCUUUCUCCUGGCUCAGUCAUUGACGUGCCAAUUUUAUUUUAUUUUUAUAUCCUUGGUGCAGCUUUAACAAACAUAUAAUUAGGUUCUGGGUUUAUAUUAUAUUUGUAAACAUGCUGUCAACAUGUAAACAAAUGGAAAAUUCUUUACUAGCAAUUAUAGCAAAGAUUCUGUUCUGGCUUUGAUUUCUUUUGUGACCGUGCUUUAAUUACACACACUUGUUUCUAUUAUGCGUUUGCUCUAGUUGCACAAAUCCCUCAUGAGUUUUGUUGUCUUCCUUUCUUGGAUUUCUUGUAAUUGUAAUGCCCUUUAUUAGCAUCCUACAGUUAGAUGCUUUUGGUAGAGUACUUUAUGUAAAUACUGCCUGAUUAUUCAUGCCAAGGAGAGAUCAGAUCUAAUGUAAUAUGAAACAGACACUAAAAUAGCACUGACAGCCAGGUGAAACCAAAGAUUCUUCCUAAUUGAAAUGCAUCACCUUUGAGCAUAAUGUUCUGUCAUUGCAACCCUUGGAUCUCUGUUAUAUGUGUUAAAGCACUCAGAAGAAAAUCUCUGCAGUUCAUGCAUUUACUACACAAUUUUGUUUAUUUUUCUUUGAGUCUGAACUCCAGAUUUUUAAUUUUAUUUGGUGGUGAGAUUUAUGUGAUGGUUAAACAGGUAAAUUAUAGCAUUUGGUUUUAGCAAUUCUGUACCAAACCCUUUAUUAUUUCCUUGAACUGUUUUGAAAACACUGUAUGCAAGUGAUCAAUGUUCUGCUGAAGAGAAGAAUGUCAUUUAACUGACACGUACAUUGCAGUUUUUGACUUGCUGUGUAUGUGUUUAAUAACCUCCUUUUCAAUGACUUGAGUGUGCACUUUUCUCACAUCUUCCCGUGUGAGGUCCUGGUGUUUUCUGCCUAGAGAAAUCUGUGUGGCGGUCUGAACAUCAUGUUGUUCUGCUUGCUAACAUAUUUCUGACAUACAAUUCACUGUCUGAAAGAUAUAAAUGAUUUUGGGAAGCUAAUGUUAUUGGGAUAUUUUCUUACAAGAACUACCAGUUUGAAUUUAACUUUUUUUUUUUUUUUUUUUUCCUUGCACAAAGAAUGUAAGCGGUCAUUGCCAUCUUAUCAUUGAAAUGAUCUUGGGAAACUUGAAAGACAAAUAUUAAGGUUGAUUUAUAGCACAAGGGAAUUGUGACAAAAUUUAAAGGUAUCAAAUAAAACAGACAGGUGUGAUCUCUAGAAAGACUGAUACCAACUGAGAUGCUUCCUUUCAGAGGGUUUUUACGGCGAGGUGAUAGCCUUCAUUCAUAUGCCAGGUGUGUAUGCAAAAAACACUUGUAAAUCUGCUUCCCCACUAGCAACUGUUUCAAGUGGCUCAAACUGCAGCAAAGUUAUGACCAAAUUCUUGUUCUUGGGAGUGGUGCUCAUCAGUGUCCUGGUAACUGGCAUAAAUUUGUAUCAGUGGAACUGAAAGUAGGAUUUGGCUCCCACUAUCUCCUCUGUUGCAAGAAAGUAUUUAAAACGGCUGUGAUCACUAAAAUAAUUUCUGAACCUUUGAAAAUUCCCCGUGUUCUCAGCAUUUGUAGUGCACACUUCGGGGGUGCAAUACCUCUUUAAAUGUUAUUAAAACUUUCUAGAACUGCUGACUUUGAAAACAGAAAGGGAUGGGUUUAUAAACUGUAAACAACAGAAAUCUAUUUAUCAUGUUAUUUAUUUUUUCAAUGACUGUGACCUUAUGCACUGUGAAUGCUCUGUGAUAUGGGGUCCUUUGUACAGAUAAAUAUGUUAUGAAAUCCAAAUGGAUUUGAUGUGACAAUUUGUUAAAAAAUGUUGGCAUGAUAUUUGAUUAUUUUUGUUGUGAAAAUUUUAAAAAAUAGUUAUUUCAGCAUUUAUAAGAGAUUAUAGCAGUCAGUAUUGUAAUGCACUAUAAAAAUACAUACACUAUCAAUAAAUUAUAUAAACAA